AUGGGCAUGGGCGCGUCCGCGGCGCUGCAGCAGCUGGCGGCGCAGGGGCCCGGGGUGGCGCGCAUGAUGGCGGACGCCGCAAACGCGUACCUGGCGCCCGAGGGCGGCGCGGCGGCGCCCGCAGCCGCGGCCGUGGCCGCAGCUACGGCGGCGGGCGGGCGGGCGGCCGGGGCGACGUCGCCGUCGGGGCUGGCGGCGGCGGCGGCGGCGGCUUCAGGCCCCAACGUCGCGAUGCUGUCCGGCCCCGAGCACGUCCCCGGCCAGCCGGCCAUCCCUGGCGGCCGCCAGCCGUCGGGGGGCGGCGCUGCGGAGUCUGAGCUGGAGCGGCGCACGCGGGAGCUGCAGCAGCUGGCGGCGCAGGGGCCCGGCGUGGCGCGGAUGAUGGCGGAGGCGGCAAACAGCUACAUGGCGCCCGGCACGCCUGGCGAGGCCCAGUCGAUCCGCACGGCUGCGGCGGCAGCGGCGACUCCCGGCGCGGCCGGCCCCAACGUGGCGAUGCUGUCCGGCCCCGAGCACGUCCCGGGGCAGCCCGCCGUCCCCGGCGGCAGGCUGUCGGCCGGCGGCGCCCCCCAGGAGACUGAGCUGGAGCGCCGCACGCGGGAGCUGCAGGCCAAGCAGCUGGCGCUGAUGCAGGAGCGGCGGCGCAUGGAGGAGGAGCGGCUGCUGGCGGCGCUGCCGGCGCCGAUGGGCUUCCACAAAGGGCGCCCCGUGGCGGCGCUGGUGGUGUUCCGCUGCUGCCUGCAGUGGCGCGCGUUCCAGGCGGACAGGACGUCGGUCUUUGACCGCAUCAUACACGUCAUUGGCGCCCAGAUCGAGCGCCACCAGGAGGACAACCCCCGGCUGUGCUACUGGCUCACCAACACCACCACGCUGCUGUUCCUGCUGCAGCGCAACAUCAAGCCGGCCAGCAGCGGCAGCCUCAAGGGGCGCGCGGCGGCAGCAGGGCGCGCGGCGGGCAGCAUGCUCAACAACUGGCUGGGACGCGGCGCGUCGAUGGGCGGCGGCGAGGCCUCCAUCCAUGGCGGCGGCGUGGGCGGCUUCCGCCUGGUGGAGGCCAAGUACCCCGCCCUGCUGUUCAAGCAGCAGCUGGAUGCGUUUGUGCAGAAGAUCUUCCCCAUGCUGCGCGACAACGUCAAGAAGGCCAUCACGCCCCUGCUGGCCCACUGCAUCCACACGCCCCGCGGCGCAAGCGGCCGCGCCCUCGGCCCCAGCCGCCGCGCCACCAACAGCGACGUCAGCGGCGGCGCAGCGGGCGCGGCCAGCGGCGGCGGCGCGGCGGCGGCGCAGGGCAAGGCGUGGGCGGAGAUCCUGGGCGUCCUGGACGGCCUGCUGGAUGACCUGCGCGCCGCAUACGUGCCCAAGCCCCUGGUGCAGGCGCUGUUCCGGCAGCUGUUUGCGUUUGUCAACGUGCAGCUGUUCAACCAGCUGCUGCUGCGCCGCGAGUGCUGCUCCUUCAGCAACGGGGAGUACGUCAAGACCGGCCUCGCGCAGGCUAGUGAUGCCAACACAGCUUUGAUAGUAGAUUCGGCAGCCGGGGCUCGCCCCGGCGAUGACAUCACCGUUGAGACCUGGAUCCAGGAGCGGGGCACCGAGUGGGUGGGCGACAGCUGGGACGAGCUCAAGUACAUCCGCCAGGCGGUCACCUUCCUGGUCAUCGGCAACAAGCCGCGAAAGACGCUGGAGAACAUCACGCGCGACCUGUGCCCCAUACUCUCCAUACAGCAGCUCUACCGCAUCAGCACCAUGUGGCAGCGCUGA